CUUUAUAGCACCACUAUGGCUCGUUCAUCAGAACCAAAGCUGCAACCAAGAAAGGUCUGGGCCUCGCUAAUAACAACCCUCUCCUACCUCCCGGGCCUCCUAACGCUGCACCACUCCCUCACCCUCUCCAAGACCGCCUACCCAUUCGUCGCUCUCUACACGCCUUCCUUUCCACCAUCUGGAUUAGAAGCACUCCGCCGCCGCGGGAUCACUACCCUAGCUGUUCCGUUUGUGAAGCCGAAGUCGACACCGAAACACGGGUAUGCGCAUGACCCACGCUUCGAGGAUGCGUGGAAUAAACUAGUCGUGUUUUCGCUGGAGGGGGUGUUUGAGAGAGUCGUGCUUCUCGAUGGGGAUAUGCUGGUUAGGCGGAAUAUGGACGAGUUGAUGGAGGUGCCGCUCGAUGGGGAUGACCAAAUAGGGGAAAGGAUAUUUGCAGCUAGCCAUGCGUGCGCAUGUAAUCCCAUGAAAAAGGCGCAUUACCCUGCUCAUUGGAUCCCAGAAAACUGCGCCUUCACAACUCAACAUCAGGCCCCGGAUCUCGCGCAAAAAGCCGGCGUCCCCUGCACCUCCGGCGUCGGGAUGCUAAACUCAGGCUUACUCGUUGUACGCCCCUCGCACGCACACUUCGCAACAAUCCAGCGCUUCCUUGAUGACGCGGGAAAAGUUGACAGCUACACAUUCCCCGACCAGGAACUCAUCUCAGAGGCUUUCAGGGAAAAAUGGGUGCCGCUGCCGUACGUGUAUAAUGCGCUGAAGACGAUGAGGCCUAGGGAUGUGCAUGGCGCAAUAUGGCGGGAUGAGGAGGUUAAGAAUGUGCAUUAUAUUUUUGCGGUGAAGCCGUGGCAGGAGGUGCCCCCGGCGGUAGAUCAAGAGACGGGAGAGAGUACGGAUGUUCUGAAUUCGUGGUGGUGGGAGGUUAAUAUAGAUAGGCAGAAGUACGAGAAGGAGCGAGGGAUUGAGGAUGGCUAUUGA